AGCUCACUUGAUUUUCGAUCGUUUGGCGCGGCAGUUGUCAUUCCGUCUAUUCCGCCGAAUUUGUUUUUUUCGCAACUCUCUCGCGAAUCUUGUGGUGCAGUAUUUGUGAGAAUUGGUGAUGUGCAAUAAAUGUGCUAAAAUUGUGUAAAUCCAAGCCAUGCAGCUAGUUAAACAGUUAUAACAAAGGCAGCAAAAACACGUUCUCAAACACAACAGCAUUAAAACAGCAACAACAACAAAUAUAACAACGAAGAGUGAACGGCCGCAGAGUCAGCAACAGCUGCUCACAGUUUUGCAGUCACUGGGCGUCGACGAUCCCCCGCGACGCUCUUCCACGGGAUUCCAUGCAUGAGGCCCUCUCGCCAUCUCGCUCUCACUGAAAGCACCGUUCUACGGAGUUCGCCGGUGGCGGUGGCCCACAAACGACAACUGCCGGUCCAUCCGCUGGUAAUGUGGCAAAUGCCACCACAGCCCUAGCCGGUGGUAAAAGCUCAAGCAAUAACAUGUAUUCCACCCGCCAAUCUGUAAGCACCACAACCGGUGUACUUAUGGUCGGACCAAAUUUUCGUGUCGGUAAAAAAAUUGGCUGUGGUAAUUUUGGCGAAUUGCGUUUAGGUCGUCGAAUGUGUUGCUUUGGUGGUGGUGGUGUCGGAGGGCGUAAUGGGCGUGACACUGCUGACAACAGUGGGGCAGGCAAAAAUCUUUACAACAAUGAACAUGUAGCAAUAAAAAUGGAGCCUAUGAAGUCAAAGGCUCCACAACUACACUUAGAGUAUAGGUUUUAUAAACUAUUAGGAUCACAUGCCGAUAACGCCCCAGAUGGCAUACCACGCAUUUAUCAUUUGGGCACUUGCGGUGGCCGUUACAAUGCCAUGGUUUUAGAGUUAUUGGGAUUAUCAUUAGAAGAUCUCUUCAAUAUUUGCGCCCGUAAAUUUUCACUUAAGACUGUAUUGAUGAUAGCGAAACAACUUCUCCACCGGAUCGAAUAUGUUCAUAGUCGGCACUUAAUAUAUAGGGAUGUGAAACCAGAGAACUUUCUCAUUGGCAGAACGUCAACAAAACGUGAAAAAAUUAUACAUAUAAUUGAUUUCGGUUUGGCCAAAGAAUACAUUGAUUUAGAUACAAAUAGGCAUAUACCAUAUCGGGAGCAUAAGUCCCUAACUGGAACGGCACGUUAUAUGUCAAUCAACACGCAUAUGGGGCGUGAGCAGUCGCGACGCGACGAUCUGGAGGCAUUGGGUCAUAUGUUUAUGUAUUUCUUAAGAGGUUCACUGCCGUGGCAAGGCCUGAAGGCUGAUACACUCAAGGAGAGAUAUCAAAAAAUCGGUGAUACGAAACGAGCAACGCCCAUCGAGGUGCUUUGCGAUGGACAUCCGGAAGAGUUUGCGACAUAUUUGCGUUACGUUCGGCGGUUAGAUUUUUUCGAAACUCCCGACUAUGACUUUCUGCGAAGACUGUUUCAAGACUUAUUCGAUCGUAAGGGAUACUCCGACGAGGGCGAGUUCGACUGGACAGGGAAGACAAUGUCAACGCCCGUCGGAUCUCUGCAAACUGGCCAUGAAGUCAUCAUUUCACCAAAUAAAGAUCGUCAUAAUGUUACGGCUAAGACAAAUGCCAAAGGAGGUGUUGCUGCGUGGCCUGAUGUGCCAAAGCCGGGGGCAACACUGGGCAAUCUAACGCCGGCCGAUCGGCAUGGUUCAGUGCAGGUUGUGAGUUCGACGAAUGGCGAACUAAAUCCGGACGAUCCCACGGCCGGACACUCAAACACGCCCAUCACACAACAGCCGGAAGUCGAAGUGGUCGAUGAAACAAAUGGUUCCUUAUAUUCCAGAUGUUGUUGUUUCUUUAAACGAAAGAAGAAGAAAUCGACGCGCCAAAAAUGACUAGACGGUGUACAAUGUAGUCCAGAACGCGAGGCAGUCACCCUGCUGCGCGCCACUUCACAUUCAAACUCACGGGAUAGCGUAUUGAAUAAUCCGAGUCAGGAUUAUAUCCAGCAGGCAACGUCGCAGCACACGUUGCGUUAUCCUCCAUCCGCGUCGAUGCUGACGCCAACACCAACUACAAACACACCGACACUUCCGUUGUAAUUUAUAUAAAUAUAAAUCUAAAGCCACAUGCAAAAUGCAAAAUGCAGAAUGCA